CCCCCCAAGUCCUCUAACAAACAAAAAAUUCUCUUGUCCCCAUGCCCACCCCCCCGUACCACCAUCCUCAAAAAGUGCCCGUCGCCCUGCUCUUUGUCCAACUCCCAAAUCCCUCCGGAAACUUGGAAAAAUCUCGCACCCUACAUAUCUCCCCCAGCCCACCACCACUACGAAAGAAACGAAAGAAAGAGAAGGCAUCAUGAACAUCUUCACAUUCUUCUGCGCUCCCGCUGCUUCGACUUUCACUGCAAACCGGUGCAGACAUUGUAACGAGGAUCACGGAGCGCCGCAGACGCAGGGCGAGCAGCAGUUGUGGCCGAAUUACGGAUACGUCGUCGAUACGGAGACGUUUGCAGUUCCUGUUGUUCGAGGCGUUCGAUACGUUCAGCAACCACUUCAACAACCAUUCCAGCAUACCCAGCACUUCCAUCAUCCAGCCCAACAACCCCCUCACCCCUCCCCUCAACCCCCAACAAUGCCUCACACAGCCCUCUACACCCUCCUCUCCCUCCCCCCCACCGCCCCCCCUUCCACCAUCAAAACCACCUACCACCGCCUCGCUCUCCUAACCCACCCGGAUAAAAACCCCGACCCGGACGCUGCGGAACGCUUCAAAGCCCUCAGUGCGGCGUAUGGUAUUCUUUCGGACCCGAAGAGGCGCGCUAUUUAUGAUAGAUAUGGGGAGGUGGCGGCAGGGAGGGAGGCGGCUUUUGAUGAGGGGGGGGAUUUGGUUGUGGGGGAGGAGAAGGAGGGGGAGACGGAGGGGGAGGAUGCUGCUGGUGAUGGGAAGAAAGACAAGGGUGGUAGCCCUGGUGGUGGAAGGGGAAGGACUACUGUCGACAAACCCCCUCGCCCCACCUUUGAGGCUCGUACUCCCUUUGAGGAGCCAGUCGUAGAGCAAAGCACGUAUGAGGAGCGCCUCCUUGAAGCUCUACGCGCGGCUCAUGAGCGAGGGAUCGAAGAAGAGGCUAGGAGAGCGGCCGGACGAAGGUUGUACGAGCGCUUCUGGCGAGGUGUGAGAGGCCAUGGCAUGUGGGGUUGGACGACGAGAGGAGUCGAUGAUUCAUGGGGGGUGAUGGGAGAUCCGAUGGCGUGGAGGCGGGCGAGUGUGGUGGGGGGCCCGAUGGAGGGGUAUCGCGGGAUGUAUGAUGGUGGUUGGGCGGCGGGGGAGGUUGAUGAGGGGCUGAGGGAGAGGUUUCGGCGGUCGCGUGCGGGGGGGGAGUGGAGUCCGUAUGGGGGGUGGGAGAGGGGGGGUGAGGGGUAUGGGAGGGUGAGGAGUUGGAGUGAGGGGGGAGGGGGAGGGUUUGUAAGGGUUGUGAGGGGGGGCUAUGGAGGUGGGAAUGCGGGGUAUUAA